UCUCUCUCAAACUCCAAAUUCGUCCGCUCUCUCGUCUUGCUUUAUCUUCGAUCGAAGCUUCCGCCCGUCCAUCGCCAGGCUCUCGAAGCUCCGCCCAGUCUCCGAAUCGACGAUGAGUUCCAAGGAAGGAGGAGGAAAGGGCGGCAGGGGCAAGCCCAAGUCCGCCAAGUCCGUCUCCAGGUCGCAUAAGGCCGGUCUGCAGUUCCCGGUGGGGAGGAUCGCCCGUUUCCUCAAGGCCGGAAAGUACGCCGAGCGUGUCGGUGCCGGAGCUCCCGUCUAUCUCUCUGCCGUUCUCGAGUACCUCGCUGCUGAGGUGUUGGAGCUUGCUGGGAAUGCUGCGAGGGAUAACAAGAAGAACAGGAUCAUGCCGAGGCACAUACAGCUUGCGGUGAGGAACGAUGAGGAGCUGAGCAAGCUCCUGGGCUCUGUGACCAUUGCCAAUGGAGGAGUCUUGCCUAACAUCCACCAGACUCUCUUGCCCAAGAAGAUGAAAGUCGGUGGAGAGAUUGGCUCUGCUUCUCAGGAGUUUUGAGGAGAGGCUCGUUCCCCCAUAGCUCAAGCUUUGUUCUUGAAGAUUCGUUACAGAAGAUCUUGUAAAGUCAGCUAGUCAUCUUAGCAUAUCGAUGAUCUCGUGAAGGAUUUGGUAGUAUUGCCAAAAUAGACGUUAGGGUUAGAUUCUCUGCUUUGUUGAUGGAUCUGUUGAAAGAAUAUCAAGAAUUAUUCCUGUUCAUGUUUUCAUUUGAAUGAAAAGGGCUUCCAUGGCUUCCGAUUGUUUCAA